ACCAAACACUAUCUUAGUAUUUUAGGAUUUUUGGGCCGUUUAUGCACGUUAGCCACUUAUUCCCACCAAUUUUCUCCCGCCGGCAAUGCAAAAUAGUAACUCAUAAACAAGCAUAACCUCCAUUCUCCAGCCUUUCAAUUCGCAGAGAGAGAGAGAGAGAGAUGAGCAGGGAGAGAGUGCUAGUGAUAGGGGGCAGUGGGUACCUGGGUCAGCAUCUCUUGCAAGGUUUAUCAGAGAUCCAAGGGGCACCCUUCGAUCUGGCAUUCACGCAUCACUCCGCCCCACCCCAGCCUCUGCUCCAAGCUAUUCCGCAUGCGCUUCCAUUUCAUGUCGAUUUGCGAACAGGACUUGGCUUCGAUGCCAUCUCCCUCACAUUCGGCCAGCCUCAUGUGGUUGUAAAUUGUGCUGCACUCUCUUUGCCUCGUGCUUGUGAAGAGGAUCCUGCUGCUGCAAUGUCUAUUAAUGUGCCUUAUUCUCUUGUAAAAUGGCUAUCAAGCUUCAAAGGGAGCAGUGUUCUUUUAAUUCAUCUAUCAACUGACCAAGUUUAUGAAGGUGUGAAGUCCUUCUACAAGGAAGAAGAUGAAACCGUUCCUGUGAAUGUUUAUGGGAAAUCAAAAGUGGCAGCAGAGGAGUUUAUCUGUGCGAACUGCUCAAAUUUUGCAAUUUUGAGAAGCAGUAUCAUCUUUGGGCCACAAACUAUUUCACCUGUUCCAAAAUCCCUUCCCAUUCAGUGGAUUGAUAGUGUCCUCUCCCGGGGAGAUAAAAUUGAGUUUUUUCAUGACGAGUUUCGCUGCCCUGUGUAUGUCAAGGAUGUUGUGACUCUCAUACUAGCUUUGAUGAACAGAUGGAUGUCAGAAUGUAGGCAGAUGCAAUUGCUUUUAAAUGUUGGAGGGCCAGACAGGGUAUCUCGUCUUCAGAUGGCUGAGGCUGUGGCGCAUAUCAGAGGAUAUGACACUUCAUUAAUAAAACCAGUAUCUGCAUCAUCAGUGAAUCGUGGCGUCAUGUCUCCGGCUGACAUAUCAAUGGAUAUCUCAAAGCUGGUUCAUACACUGGAUGUUUCUCCCACUCCAUUCAGAGAUGGUGUCAGAUUAACACUUGCUGCUGAAGCUGGUUCUUGAGUUCUGAAGAUGGCAUGAUUGUAUGUUGCUUUUGAAUUUUUUUUCCAGGGACCAACUGGAGAUGAUUUGUAUGCUAUUGUACAAAAUUCUGGAAUCAUUGAAAUCUAUGAAAGCUACAAUACGCGUUGCUAGGCUUUUCCCGCAAGGCAGAACCAAA